GCACUGAUGAGAAGGCCAUUAUUGACAUAUUGGCUUAUAGAACAAAUAGUCAGAGACAGGAUAUUAAAAAAAUGUUUAAAACUUGCUUUGGAAAGGAUUUGAUUCAAGAAUUAAAGAGUGAGUUAGGUGGAAAGUUUGAGGAUGUUAUAAUUGGUUUAAUGAUGACACCUGAAGAAUUUGAUGCCUAUGAACUCAAGAGAGCAAUGAGGGGUAUUGGUACAGAUGAAGAUGCUAUGAUUGAGAUUUUGUGUUCUAGAAGUAAUGCACAAAUACAGAGAAUCAAUGAAGCAUACCAAAGAAUGUACAGGCAGAAAUUAGAAAAAGACAUUAUAAGUGAUACAUCAGGUCAUUUCAAACGACUCAUGGUCUCCAUGGCAAAUGGUGGAAGAAUGGAGAACCAGGCUGUAGACAUGAACAAAGCUAAUUCUGAUGCUCAAGCCCUAUAUCAAGCUGGAGAGAAGAGAUGGGGUACGGACGAGUCACAGUUUAAUAUAAUCAUGGCGUCACAAAGUUACGAGCAGCUGAGGGCUGUAUUUGAUGCAUACUCAAGAAUCUCUGGCCGAGACAUUGAAAAGGUUAUAAAGAGUGAAAUGUCUGGUAACCUGGAAAUUGGAAUGCUGGCUAUUAUUAAAUGUGUCCGAAACAAGCCAGGAUACUUUGCAGAAAAAUUAUACAGAUCCAUGAAGGGUGCUGGUACAGAUGAUAGAACAUUGAUUCGAGUCAUGGUAACAAGGGCAGAGGUUGAUAUGGUACAGAUCAAACAAGAGUUCCAGAAGAUGUAUGGUCAAAGUUUGGAACAAUUUGUUAGGGACGAUAUUUCUGGAGAUUACCGUCGUGUAAUACUUGGAAUGAUUGGCGCAGGCUACUAGAACCACUACUUGAUGGAGAUACAUCUGGAGAUUACAAGAGGUGUUUACUUGCUCUGCUAGGAGGAGGGUACUGACAGCCUUCACCACCUUAACUCCGCCUACUUUCCCACAUUAUGACUAGUAUAUUAAUAUGUUACUAGAUGUUUAUUUUCAUUUAAAGUCAUAUUUAUUUUUAAUCCCUUUUGUUGCCAUAUUUCCAUAGAUACCAACUUUGUUUUAUUAGUGCUAUAAUAAUAUAAGAAGAACAAUUCAAGAAAAUUGAUGACAACAAAGAAGCAAGACAACAAAUAAUUCUGGAUUCUUUCACCUGGAUUACUUAAUAUGAAAAUCAUGUAUUAGAUUUAUAUGUACCAAGUAAGAAUGAUUUGCUACGCAGAUUGAUUUGUGACAGACUGACAGAAUAAUUUAACUUUAAUGUUUUUGAAGUCUUAGAAAUAAUCGAUUAGUAAUAAUUUACUGUUCUGUGAAUUAUGGGCUUUCUUUAACUUGCUGGAACCAAAAGUGAUAUCCCUUGUCACCAGUAUAGAGCCAGGCUAGCCUGAACAUAUGUGCAGUCUGACACCAGGCUUUAUACUGUUGACUGAUCAACUUUGAUCUUGAUAUCCCCAGAAUUGAAAAUGGACAGUUCCAAAGAUUUCAGUUGGAGAAAUCCAUUUUAAAAAUACAGCAGGUCACAGGUUUAAAUUACAGUAAUGGUAAUAACAGUUUUGUAAAUGUAUUAGUAAUUAACUUGCUUUUAAACCAGGUUUAUUCCAUUCAUUUAGAGGGAUACAUCAUACAACUAGACUUGAAUUUGAAUUGUAUGAUUUAUACAGCAAUAACUUCACUUAACAUUAGAGAUGCAUGACAUAUUAUCUUAUCCACUUUACAUAUUGUUAAAAUAUCUAUGUUUACAAACUUAAUACUAAUAAUUAAGGUGUCAAUUAAGAUUUUUCUCAAAAUGCCAUUUAGGUAUCUAAGUAAUUUGAAUAUGUUAAUAUACUAUACUAAGAUUUGAUUAUGGACUCUUUUUUGCAUAAUAUAAUGAUAUUUGAAUCUGAAAUUUCCAUAUAUACUCAUUUUAUUAAAGAAAUAUAUGUUAGAACUCAAUAAACUUUUACUCCGAACUUUUAAACUUACUUCUCUGCUGGUUUUUUUUAGUUCAUUAAACUGGUUUUAUGAAGACAUUUUUCAUGUUUGCAAUAAUUGUGUGUUAGUAUUUUUUAUGUGUAUAGAUGAGAAUAAAAAUGAGAUAAAGUGAAAUAUAAUUAAAUUAAAUUAAAAUAUUAACCUUUGAAACGCAUGCGGUUUGUUUCUGGAGGCAUUACUUAUUCCUUGACAUAUCUUACUUUUGAUAUUAUUUCCAUUCUUUUAUACAUUUAGUAUAUAAAUAUAUAUUUUCUUGCAUAUCAGACAGGAUUAUCUACCGUUUACACAGAUGCUAGAAAAACCUGUCUUACACCCCAGCAUGUAAGACAAGUCACUUGUUUUAAAAGAUGUCAAUCCCAUGUGACUUGCAAACAAGUAUUAUAUACUUUGUCUAUGAUUGUUAAAGCACUAUUUGGCUGCAAAUGUAUUUUUUUCUAAGCACUGGAGAUGUUAAUAUUAGGUGAUUUGUGACAUUGAAAACUGAAUAACCCUCUUAAUAAAUCAUUAUAAAUACAAUGUAACAGUUGUAAUGUGCAAAUUCAAUAUUUAAUUUAGAUUUACCCUUUUAUAAAAAAUUUCAUUAAAAAUUUGGGGCCAAAAAAGUAAGUCUUCAGAAAGAUUCAAAUAAAAUGUACAUUUAAUUUCCCCAUGUAAAAAAUACAUUUUUCUGUUGAUUUACCAUCAAAAAGACACAAAACGAGAAAUGUAUCUGUUGCUUAAGAACUGUUUUUCUUUUCUUUCUUUUUUUAUAGAAAAAUAUCUUUUUUUAAACUGCAUGACUUGUAAUUUAUUUAUAUUCAGAAUUAGAUAAUUUUUAUCUUCUAUUUUAUGCCAGGUUAAAUUUUGCAAAUAAUAUUUUUCUCUAGAUAUCUUUGUUGUCUGUUAUAUAUUAUCAUUUUGUUUAUAUUUUAUGUAUUAAAUGUUAUUUAAUCUACAUGUAUAUCGUUAAUAAAUAAGACAAAAAAAUCUUGGAACUAUUUCCAGUUCAUCAACAACAUGGGCUUCUGACAUUAUCUUGGAAAUAAUCUUCAUGUGUCAAAUUGACCCAAACUGUCGUACAUUCUGAUACAACUCAGAUGUUGUUAUUUGUGCCUAUUGUUUUAUUUUUUCUCGGAUUUUGUCAAAAGUUGAAGAAUUUGUUGAUGAAUUGGCUUAUCUCUACAUUAUACCAAUUACAUGUACUACCAAUUGUUCAACUAUCAUUAUUCUAUUUUACUGCAUGUAUAAUAGAAGACUUUAAUAAACUUGAAUAGAUGAAAGCUUAUUUAAUUGCUGUAACUAUUUUUGCUAACUUGUCUUUAGCAAAUAAAAAUGGUGACACAGUU